AUGGCAGCAGCUUGGCCCCAGGGCGCCCAGCCUUCUACCCCGAACAAUGGCCCUCAGUAUCCACCGAGUACACCACUACCCCAGCGGAAGAAUACCAACCCUCCACCAAUAUGUUACAAGUGCGAAGGGGAACAUUUUGUCAAAGACUGCCCUCAAGGAUCACUGCCAAUUGCUGGUUUAUCCCGUUUUGUUGCAGGGGCCAUCGUGGAGCCGAUCUACGGUGCCCAGCGGUUUGUCGCUGCACGUGUUUCCUAUCUCUCUCUCGUGGUAGCAAUGACUGUUGGCUCAGAUGGCCUCAAAUUUUUAAUGCUCAUCCUGCUAUUCCAUAACCCAUGCUUUCAAGUUUUCGCCUGCAAUUAUGUUAACAAGUAUAGCUCGUUUCCUCAACCAUCAACACAGGCGUACCAACAAUACCCCAGACCCGCACCCCCUGUCCAAACGUAUCCGCCCCAACCUGGUCCACCUCAGCAAUACACGGCCUAUCCGCAAAAUCAGCAAUACGGUGCUUCAGGGCCCCAAACUGCUUAUAAUCAACCUCCACAACAACAAUAUAGUGUUCCACCCGUCCCACAAUACGGUCGUCCAGGAUACCAAGCUUCUCCUUACGGCCAGUAUCCUCAGCCAAAUGGCCCUCCACAGUACGGCGGUCCUGGUUAUCAACCUCCCCCCCAGCAGUACGGCCCUCCGGCUACUGCACCGUAUCAACCUCCAAACCCAUAUGCACAACCACCCGCUGGGUAUGGAGGGCCUCAACCUGGACCACCUGCAACCUACCAAGCUCCUCCACCGCAAUGGAAUAUGCCCCCUACUGCACGACCACCUUAUCAACAGAUUAGACGGAGCGCCUCAUUUCAACAAAGAGAAUUAUCUGCAACUCCAAGUCAACAGUCUCAACCACAACCGCAGCUUGACUAUGGGCCAGAAGCCCCCAAACAGACCCCACAGACACCCGUAUCAAAUCAUGGAAGUCUUCAGCAUAGCGCACCUCAAGUUGCUCAAAGCUCACCAGCUACUGCAGCUGCUGAAUCGAAAGUGGCUAGUGCUGCAAGCACACCUCGAAAUCAGCAAGCGCCUCGUAUGGGGUUUGUUCGGAAAGAAUCGACGCACUCACUUGCUUCUGAAGGCCAGGCUUCAGAAAGUAAAUAUUCUGAGGGUUUAGGUGGGGACGAUCCAUUUAGGGUAGAAAGCGAGACACCAACCCCCGAAGACGAGGAUGCGCAAUUCGAUUGGGAUUUCAGAUACAUUUUCAAGGAGCCAGAGAGGAAAGAGACUGUUGCACUCGCACAACCGUUAUCUGCCAUUUUCUUACCUAACUCCACGCCAGUUCCCCUGGUUCAAGCAUGGUCGAUUCAUAUCCCUUCUAUCUCGAGAUAUGCGAGAAAAGAUAACGGUAAAGAGUUCGUGCGAAGCAUCAGAAAUGCCCCACAGUGGUCAUUCUUGCAAGAAGAUCCAGGUUUUUCAGAUGAGCCCCUAGAAGGCCCGUUGAUUCCCUUGUCCGAAGUUCCUGCUUGGACAGUAGCACGUCACGGAAUCCCCACGCCGGAACCCGAGCUAGUGACGGAGCUGGAGAACGAUGAGGGUCCGGAAAGCCGAAAACGGCCAAGAUCCGAGGAAGAGGAAGAGGGUCAGAUCGACGAGCAAGAUGAUGUUGACAACCAGAUUGCCCUUGAAUCCUCCGAAAUUGAAGCUGAGGGACCAAGAGCCAAGCGCCAAAAAAACGAAGAAGAUGAAGGGCAAUUAGACGAAGUGAUGGGUACGCCUGCUGUUGGGACCCCUGUUCUGACAAACCCAAGAGCCGGUACGCCGUGCCUGCAAACGGAUGACGACGCCUGGGCUCCGGAGGAAGGUGAGCGUGCUACUAGCCCUAUGGACCCAACGGAAGCACUUCUUGCAUCUCUCGGAGUUUCUGGCACCCCUAAACCAGUCAAGCAGGAAUCGCUCCCGCCAUACCCUGCACCUAACGAAGAGAAUGAAUCCCCACAAACCCCGACUCCAGCGGGGAGCCAGCAGAACCAACAAAAUCCUACUGUGCCACCACCCAAUGUUGCACAGAGUACUGGGCAACCCAUGAGUAACGCCUAUGGCAAUACUCCUCAAGGUAAUCCUCAGUGGAUUUCUCCUGCAAACACACCUCAGGUAAAGCCCCAGUGGAACCCACCUCCAAGCGCGCCUCAGAGUCAGCCACAGUGGGGGCCAUCUACAAAUGCUCCGUAUGGAGGUGGUCAACCUGCCGGCCCCCCGGGUCCACCAGCAAAUGCUCCAUAUGGAAAUGGUCCACCUACUGGUCCCCCCGGCCCUCCUGCGAACCAGCCGUAUGUCAAUAGUCAAUAUGGACCUCCCACAAACGCCCCUUACGGAAAUGGCCCUUCCCCUUACGCUGCACCCAUGAAUCAACAAUACGGACCGCCUGUUAACGUGCCUUAUGGCCCACCGAAUGGGUAUCAACCGGGACCUUCCCAACCAUACGGACCACAAGCUCCGUCCUAUGGUAACGCACCUCCUUACAAUGCUCCACAGCCAUAUCCUCAACAAUAUGGACCACCAGCAAAUUUCCAGCAAGGCCCUCCGCAAUAUGCGCAGCCCUCUGCGCCGUACGGCCCACCUAGCCACUUUCCUCAAGGGGCCCCUCAAUACCCACCACCGCAACGAGCCCCUUCUUUAGGUAAUGGACCACCAGUCCCUGGUCCGUACGGUGGUCCCCCACAGACCAGUCCCGUUCAAUAUGGCCCUCCUCAAAAUGUCCCAUACAAUGCAUACCCAAAUCCUCUCCAGCAAUACAGUAACAAUGGCCCUCAAGGCCCUUAUGCAAACGGCCCUCAACCGAACCCGCCAUACCCCAACGGGCCUCCUGUUCAGCCUCCGUAUGGCAACAUUCCCCCUCGUCAAGAUUCUGGCUAUGUAAGUGCGCGGGGGUCGUAUAGCAACGGAUCCGGCCCGCCUGAAUAUCUCCAGCAAAAUGCGACCCAGAACUCGGCCCCGCCGGCACCUCAGAACGACCCUAACCGCCCUGCUCACGGCUUCGAUGAGCCUCACAAUCAAAACCAGAAAGAAAAUAAUCCACCUCAACAGUUGGAUCGGAGGAACGGCGACGAGGAAGGCAGUGCCGAUACGAUCAACAGUAAUGGAACGGAUAGUGCCGAGGACGGAGGCACUCCAUUAAGUCCGACGUCAGCAGAGAUUCUGGGGAAAUUGGUUCGCAAGAAUAGCAGUGGUGAUGGUUCACGGCAGAAGAGCGAGGCAUCCCGUAAAAUCAAGAGACCUCAACCUGUGGUCGCCGAUGCUUACAGCCGUCGUUGGUAA